GCGGCGGGAGGCGGCGGCAGCGGCGGCGGCAGCAGCAGCAGCGAUGGAGGUGAAGCGUCUGAAAGUGACCGAGCUGCGUUCGGAGCUGCAGCGGCGCGGCCUGGACUCGCGCGGCCUCAAGAUGGACCUGGCGCAGCGGCUGCAGGAGGCGCUGGACGCCGAGAUGCUGGAGGACGAGGCGGGCGGCGGCGGGGCCGGGGCCGGGCCCGGCGGGGCCUGCAAGGCGGAGCCCAGGCCUGUGGCCGCGUCGGGCGGCGGCGGCGGCGGCCCGGGCGGGGACGAGGAGAUGGAGGACGAGGACGACGACGAGGAGGACGACGAGGACGAGGAGGCGCUGCUGGAGGACGAGGACGACGAGCUGCCGGCGCCUGCACCCCAGGCUCAUGCCCAGGCUCCGGGCCUGGCUGCGCAGCCGCCGCCGCCCGAGCCCCCGGAGGCGGCUGCAGCUGCAGCCCUGGAGCGAGCCCAGGCCCAGCCCGAGGCCCUCGGGCAGCCCGUGCACGCGGAGGAAGACGACGAGGAGGAGCAGGAGCAGGCCUGCAAGGCCCCCGAGGCAGGUGGCGUCAACGGCGGCGAGGAGCAGGGCGCCGGCAAAGGGGAAGACGACGAGCCCGAGGAGCGCAGCGGGGACGAGACGGCCGGCUCCGAGGCGCCGGGGGAGAAGGCGGCGGAGGAAGCGGGAGAUGACCAAGAUAGUGAAAAGUCAAAACCAGCAGGCUCAGAUGGUGAGCGGCGGGGGGUAAAGAGACAGCGGGAUGAGAAGGAUGAACAUGGCCGAGCUUACUAUGAAUUCCGAGAGGAGGCUUACCACAGCCGCUCAAAGUCUCCACCUCCCCCUGAAGAAGAAGCAAAAGAUGAAGAGGAAGAUCAAACGCUUGUGAACCUGGACACAUAUACCUCGGAUCUCCAUUUCCAAGUGAGCAAAGACCGUUAUGGAGGGCAGCCACUUUUCUCAGAGAAAUUUCCCACUCUUUGGUCUGGGGCAAGGAGUACUUACGGAGUGACAAAGGGGAAAGUCUGCUUUGAGGCCAAGGUAACUCAGAAUCUCCCGAUGAAGGAAGGCUGCACAGAGGUUUCUCUUCUUCGAGUUGGUUGGUCUGUUGAUUUUUCUCGCCCUCAGCUAGGUGAGGAUGAAUUCUCUUAUGGUUUUGAUGGACGAGGACUCAAGGCAGAGAAUGGGCAGUUUGAAGAGUUUGGCCAGACUUUCGGAGAGAAUGAUGUCAUUGGCUGCUUUGCUAAUUUUGAGACAGAAGAAGUAGAACUUUCCUUCUCCAAGAAUGGAGAAGAUCUUGGUGUCGCAUUCCGGAUCAACAAGGAAUCCCUGGCAGACCGUGCCCUUCUACCCCAUGUCCUCUGCAAAAAUUGUGUUGUGGAGUUAAAUUUUGGCCAGAAGGAGGCACCCUUCUUCCCACCCCCAGAAGAGUUUGUGUUCAUCCAUGCUGUGCCUGUGGAGGAGCGUGUGCGCACUGCAGUCCCUCCUAAGACCAUAGAGGAGUGUGAGGUAAUUCUGAUGGUGGGGCUUCCUGGAUCGGGAAAGACCCAGUGGGCACUGAAAUAUGCAAAAGAAAACCCCGAGAAAAGAUACAAUGUCCUGGGAGCUGAGACUGUGCUCAAUCAGAUGCGGAUGAAGGGCCUCGAGGAGCCAGAGAUGGAUCCCAAAAGCCGAGACCUUUUAGUUCAGCAAGCUUCCCAGUGCCUUAGUAAGCUGGUCCAGAUUGCUUCCCGGACAAAGAGGAACUUCAUUCUUGAUCAGUGUAAUGUGUACAACUCUGGGCAGCGGCGGAAGCUGUUGCUGUUCAAAACUUUCACACGGAAGGUGGUGGUGGUUGUUCCUAAUGAGGAAGAUUGGAAGAAGAGGCUGGAAUUACGGAAGGAAGUGGAGGGAGAUGAUGUGCCUGAGUCGAUAAUGCUGGAGAUGAAAGCCAACUUCUCUCUGCCUGAGAAAUGCGACUACAUGGAUGAGGUGACAUAUGGGGAGCUUGAGAAGGAGGAAGCGCAGCCCAUUGUCACCAAGUACAAGGAGGAGGCCAGAAAGCUCCUGCCGCCCUCUGAGAAGCGGACAAACCGCCGGAACAAUCGCAACAAACGCAACCGGCAGAACCGAAGCCGAGGCCAAAGCUAUGUGGGCGGGCAGCGCCGAGGCUACGACCGGGCCUACGGGCAGCAGUACUGGGGGCAGUCUGCAAACAGAGGGGGCUAUCGUAAUUUCUAUGACCGAUACCGGGGAGACUACGAACGGUUCUACAGCCGCGACUACGAGUACAACAGAUACAGAGACUAUUACAGACAGUACAAUCGGGAUUGGCAGAAUUACUACUACCACCACCCCCAGGACAGAGACCGAUACUACCGGAACUACUACGGUUACCAAGGGUAUCGGUGAAGCCCCUGCCAUUGUCGCCUGUCAGCCAUGAAGCUGAAUCUCUGGGGGUGCCAGGCACCCCCCAAAACACAACCAAGGAAAACAGGGGCUGUCGGGGUGGGGCUGA